AUGGACAGUCUGCCGGAGAUAUCGGAGUUGGCAAAGCACGUGGAGGUUCCGCCUAUAGAUCCCCCGGGAGACCUGGCUUGCGCGCAGUGCGAGAGCCUACUCCUUGAGCCCACCACGCUCGAGGAUGGCGAGACAGUCUGCCGCUUCUGCGUCCGGAAGCGGCGGGCGGCGACAGCUGAGAUGCAGGUUGAGCUGCCUCCCUGGGCCAAGUCUGCUGAGCAGAUUGGCUUUGGCUCAGAUGUCAAUGUUAUUCUCGCCGAGUUGGCAGCUUUCUUUUGCCCUGCGGCGCAGCGGAGUGCUACGGCACGACAGAGAGGCAACGCUCUCUUCGGGGAGUCGAAAUUUUCCGCGGCCAUCGAGGCGUAUACCGAGGCCUUGGAUGCCGCUCCGUCGCCAGACCUAGUGCUCUUCUGCAACCGAGCCCUUGCACACCUGAAGAACGAGGACCCCGAGCUAGCCCUGCGCGAUGCGCUCAGCGGCGCCGCGGCCUCGCCGGGCAGCGGCCCGUGCCUUUUCGCCAAGGCCUGGUUUCGCCUGGGCCAAGCCUUGCUCGCUAAGGGCGAAGCACCAGAGGCUUCUUUUGCAUUGGCCCGGGCAGCAAGUGCUCCCGGCGUCGCCACCGCUCUCGCCGAGGCCUGCGGCCGGCUGUCCGCCGAGGAUGUUGAGAAGGUGAAGGAUUGGCUGCGCCAGGGGCAGUGUCCCAGUAUCGAGACACGCCUCCCAUCGAUCGAGCGGGGCGGGUGCCUUUCCGUCGUCGGGGAGGGCAGCAAGGACUGGCUCCGCAAUCAGCUGGAAUGUCCGCUUUGCUUAGGGCUGCUUUGCCAACCUUCCUCCCUCCCCUGCGGCCACACGCUCUGCCGCACCUGCCUCGCCCGGACGUUGGACCACGCCUUCGAUGCGCCGCCGGCGUGCCCCAUGUGCCGGAAGGACCUGUCGAGCUAUCUCACCUGGUUGAAUGGCCGGGCGCUGAUCGCGGGACGCCUCGGCGUGGCUGCUGGCCACGGCGGUGCGCAGAUCCCUAUCAAUCGGAAGAUUGCAGCGAUCAUCGACCGCCACUUCCCCGCUGAGGUGGCCGAACGCGCGCUUCAGAUCGCCUCCGCAGAAACGGCUGGGGGCGAGGGUGGCGAGCAUCCGGUAGUUCCGAUUUUCAUCUGUUCCAUGGCCAUGCCUUCGGUCGCCUGUCCACUUCACAUCUUCGAGCCUCGUUACAGGCUGAUGAUGAGGAGGUGCAUUGACUCUGGGCAGCGGCAGUUCGGAAUGUGCCUUUUUCCUGGUGCCCAGUUUGGCACCAUGCUCUACAUCCAAAGCUUCCGUCAGCUGCCGGAUGGGCGCUCGCAGAUUAAGACGAUCGGUGCGCGCCGCUUCCAGGUGCUCGAAUGGGGCGAGAAAGACGGCUACGCGACAGGGCGUGUUCGAUGGCUGGAGGACGAGGCGCCGGAGCCCGUGGCGGCGGAACCGGCCACGGAGGAGGUGAGCACGCCUGAGCCCACGGCCAAGCAGGCCCGUGUCACGCUGCAUCGAAGCGCUCUCCGACUGCGGAAAGCAGUGGAUGGCUUGCUUGCCAAGGCAGCCCCAUCGCUUGAGGACUUAGAAGGCUUGGAGCAGCAGCUCGGCCCGAAGCCCUGCACCGAGGGCUCCGAUGGACCCUGUUGCCCGGGCUUCGUGUUCUGGUGCAUGGGUUUGGCUCAUCUGCCGCCUCGGCUCUGCUACGAGCUCUGCUUUGGAAAGGAGUACCGCCAGAGUGCCGAGAAAAGGUUACAGGCGGUCCUGGACAUAUACGAGAAGCAGAUCCGAAUGGCCAAGAAGAAGUUCGAGCAAGAGGAGGACUCCGACAGCAACCAGGGGACCGUGGAUGCCAGUGACUGCUUGGAGUGCGAGGAGGAGGGGAAUCCGGAUGCCGAGUAG